AUGGCCAAGACCAAGGAAUCCAGCAAGGACGCCGCCGUCCGCCGUCUCCGCGCCCGCCUCGACAGCAAGGGCAAGCCGUCGGAGGAGGACAUUGUCCUGCGCGCCCAAGUGGACUUCUACGCCGAGCUCCGUGAUCACCUGGCCGCCAACGAGGCCUCCUCGGGGAUGCAGGCAGUCGACGCCCUCGCCCUUGCCCUUAUCGCGGAUGACGAUUCCCUACCGGCCACGCUGACGGAGGCCCAUUUGCGGUUCAUCAGCGCGAACAUCGAGGUGUUCGGCUAUUACAGCUUCCUGGCCCAGCUGGAGGACACGGCCCACGACACUCUGAUGUGGUACGGGGGCAAGGCGGCCGCUCACUCGGUAGCGGCCAAGACUCAAGCCGCCCAAGUCGACCUGGCGACGCUCUACAAAAAGGAUAGGGCUCUCUACGACCGGACCUUCGCCCGCGCUCUCGAUCCGUUCUCCAUCGACGAAGACGACUACAGCUCCGUUCCGGAGCUGCUGGAGCAGACCCAGGCGUUGGACAUCACCCGGAAGCCCCACCUCCGCCUCUCGGACGUCGCGCUUGGCCGCAUCGCCAUGGACGUUGCCAGACGGUCGCCUCCCAACCCUGCUUGGCAGCUCCUCUCGGAUCGGUCGCUCCGCGAGGUGCAGACCAACAUUUUGCAGCAGCAAUUGGACGGUGCGUACGAAGCGCUGGACGACGUUAAACCUUACGACGUGACCGAGCAAGGGGACGACGACUCCGACUUCGAGGGCGAAGACGGUGACAGCUAUUCGGCCUUGCCUCCUUGUGACAGAAAUGCAGCACCGUUUUCACCAGGGCCGGCUCGAGCCAGCAAGUUUACGCGACGCAAGAGCAUUCCUUCUUGGACGGAGUACCGGGACCCCAUCCGCACCACUCGCGCUCGCAGGGUCGUCAAUGUGCCCAUCGGCUGGGUCGCCAGCAGCUCCGUCGGCGUAUUCCACUUCUUCGUCCGCCUCGGGACUCGAAUGCUCCCCGACUGA